AUGGAUACUCACGUAAACACACCCAAUUCAGCAGAAAGGGCAAAUUCAGAAUCAGUCGGCAAGCAUCACACAAACUCUGGAAAAAUGCCUACUUACAUGGGACGAAGGAAACGUGAUCUUCCCCGGCUGAUUGACGGCGGCCCUCUCCACGACCUCCUUCGCCGCUUCCCUCCAACACGCAGGCGCACGCGACGACGUUUUGGCGCUGCGGCCAUUUACCUUCGUCAGCCUCCACCCGCUUCAUUAUUUCCCCUAGAAGCUCCGGCAGCAUGCCCGCCCAGGAACCAGAAUCUCCCGGCCCGGAUUCGUCGCCGCCCUGCCUCUGAAGCGGCCGGCAGCUCCCGCCGUCGCGACAGCCGCAUUCAUCAAGGCCGCAUACAUGAUCGCCGCCGAAUUUUUCCCGGGACGAUUUGGAAAUUCCAAAAGAACGAUGAAUGA